GGCUGUUAUGGCGGUAGUGCUUUGACAGUAGAAGAGGUAUAGUUGUUGUGUGUCACCUGUUCUAUAGUUUGCAUUAAUCAAACCUCAUGCUUGCAUUCCAGUUUUAACAAUUGUUGAUGUGCAUUUCACGGUCUUAUACAUUCGUUUGUUUAACGAUCUUUGGCCUGGGAAAUUUACUGGUCGAUUCGUCUGUGAAAAACUAGGAUUGUGCAUUUAGGUGGAUUUAUACAAUUGAUGCUAUUGAAAUGUAAAUAAAGAAGAAAAAAAAUGUAAAUAGUGUGGCAGCUACACAAGAUUCCCAAGAGUCUGGAGGCUUCCUAAACAAAAGAAAAACGCAAGUCGGCUGCAGAUGUUUAUCAUUUGACUGUGGGAUUGGAUUACUGUGAAUAAGCCUUCAACACUUUAAUAAUUCUACCUGCGAUGGCACAGUCUGGUGGAGAGGGAAAACAGACAGGUGAUUAGGCAAGGGAUUAAUGCCGCUGUCUAGAAGAGUUUAUUUUUUAAGCAAGAAGUUGAUGUUGUGUUGGGUGAUUGUUUCUUUUUGGGAUUUCUACUGAGCUUGCAACAAAUUUCAGCGUAAAAAAAAAGGAUUAACUUUCUGGAAGAUGCCAUAACUUUGCCAGGAGAUUAAGUUCCACUUGUUCUGCAACCUGUUUAAUGUGCAUUCCUUACGGAUUAACUGAGUGAGGCUGUAGUAAAAGUUCACCAGACCAGCGGAUGCCUACAGACUUUAUGGAGGGCGCCUAUCUAACACUGCCUCCCUGCUUUUGGAUUACUUUAACUUUUUUGGAACGGUAAAUGGCCCAGUCUGAGACAUUUGAUCCAAGGGUAGAAGUACUGACUGCCAGCAGACAUCGCAGUGGCAGCACCAAAAUGGAGAACAACCUGGCCCCACUGCCACCCCUAGUGACAGACAACAAGAGCAGCUCACAGUUUCUCAACCUGAGAACACACUUCGAGGAAAAGGGCACCGGACAGAAUUCUCGUCUGUCUUCAAGUCUAUUUGGGCCUAAUGUCAGCAAGAUUAAGGAGAGGUUCCAGCAGAACAUUGCUCACAAGGGUGAGGAUGGUAACGGGGAGGCGUACCAUUCCGCUGCUCAUUCUCACAUACUGUCCCACUCGCUGCCGGCCAGGGCGACAGAAAGCGGAGACCAUUCUCCUGAGAUUAAGAAACAGAAAGUAACCGAGCCCCACGCUCAUUCGAUGGCGCCCGCGCUGAAUCCAAAUAGACGGAGCUUCGUCUCUGAUGCGCCUCCAGCUGCGACUUCACAUUUCCAUCACCCUGUGUUUACCCCGCCCCUCUCCCCCACCCACUCCAUGUCACAUGCUCACAAAAACUCUAGCACUACAUCCUCGUCACAAUCAAACUCUUUGCAAGAUCCUAAACGAAAGAAAUCAGACUCCCUCUGUAGUUCCCGCGACACGGAAAAUCAAAUAUCUCUCUCGGAACCGACGUUGCUGGAAGCGACAAAUCAUGUGCAGCGUUUCAACUACACCCGCGCUUUAUUCGCACGUCUGGAAGAAGAAAACCGCAAAACGCAGGAGAAGGAGAAAGUGAUGCGGCGGAAGCUCUCCCCUUCUCGCUUCAUGUCGGGGACAUCCUCCCCCUUGCUGUCCCCCACGUCAGUGUCACCUAGCCAGGAGAGCCGCAAGUUUCCUUCCAGCUACAAAGACCAGCAGCAGGAAUCCCGGAGGUCUAAAUCACUACCUGACGUGACGACUGCUUCGUCUAACGAGCCGAUGGCGUCCAAAUCCUCCGAGUCUUUCAAGCGGUACCGAGACCUGGAUAAGACAGAGGAGCACAAGACAGAGACCAAGCGGAGUCAGUUUGCCUCGACUCUGUCGCAGUCUCUUGAGCAGCAAAAGCAUGUGGGGGUGGAGCCUUCUCAGGAAGACCCACUCCUGCGUCCCAAACCGUCGCCCACCAGAGGCUCCCUUAAACGGGACGACAGCGCGGACAGGUCUGGGAAGUACUAUAAAAAUAUAGACCCAUUCAAAGCCCUAACAGAAGACUUGGAUAGAAUCACACCUGAUUCAGAAGAAAAGGCUAGUGAAAAAUGUACAGCUGAGAAGCUUUCUGGUGAUAAUGUAAAUGAUCUUUCAGCAGAGUUACCCUCCUCUCUUCCUGCUCUUCCUCACAGUUCCAGACUAGAGCAUUCCAGCAGGCCGACCCAGCAUCUACGGUCUCAAGCAACAGUCCCAGGGCUUUCAACUUCACAUUCCAAGACAACCAGUGAUAAUCAAUCAGCAUCGUCAACAGCCACGUCCCCGACGGCAUCCACCGCGGGCGUCGUCAGGAGACAGAGGAGAAAACUUUCCGAGCAAACCCAGGGGGAGGAAGCCACAAAGAGGCUGAGUAAGGAGGAAAUAGAAGCAGCUAUUGAGAGAGCAGAUAGCUACUUGGCUAACUUAAGUCCGCCUGCGGAUAAACCGGAAACUGCCGAUCGGGAAUCCAGGCGUAGUCUGACCCACGCAGAGAGCGCCGCAGCUAGACGGAAAUUCCUGUACGGAGAUAAUGAAACGCCAUCUGAUAAAGAUGAACUUGCUGAAAAAAAUGUUGACGCACCCUUAGCUCAAACGGUACUAGAACCAGUGAUAUCAGAAUCAAAAUCUAUUGAACUGUCAUCUGUGUUAUCAUCCUCACCUUCAUCGGUCAAAGCACCUUUAUCCCCAAACACCAACAGCGUUCACGUGGACCACGGCUCAUCACCCUCUGCUGUUAAUGACAUCGAUAUGGAAAUAACCCCCGACCUACCUCCGCCGUCGUAUCACGAAACAGCCGACCCCCCGCCGUACCACGAGGCCACGUCCACGUCGUCCAUGCUCAUCUCCCAGAAAGUGAUCAUGUUCCAGCAACAGCAGCAGUCCUCGGGCACCGACUCCCUGGGGCGGCCCGUACCUGUGCCCAGGCGGGCCGCCCCACCCCCACCACAGAAACCGGCCAACGGCACCAUGAUUGUGAGUGACACCGCCGUGCCCCCUCCAGCCCCUGAGCCUGGUUCAGUGGAGUAUAUACGGGAAUUGGAUUCUAUUGUAGGCAGGAGAACUGGAAUAAUUCUUGACAGUGAUAUUGCGGAUGACUUGAUAUUACCAGAAGAACAUAUAGCAAGGCAUCAAGAAGAAGAAGACUUGGAAAAUGGCAAUGUUGAUGUGACGACCAGCUUUACAAAAAAAGAUUUCCAUAUAGCCAGGGAGUCAGGUGAUGGGAAGGAAGAUUCCUCAGAAGUUUUACCUGAUGGUGAGCCUCUAGAGAUAGACUACAGCAAAUUGACUUUUAUUGAGAUCCCCCCUAUAGAGAGCGAGGAAGAGGACGAGAGCAGUGGAGAUGAGAUAGAGUACCACAAGCCAUCCAGGGUUUGCUUCAGUAGGAGUCCUAUCAAGGUAUUUGCCACAUACUCCACCAAUGACUACGACAGAAGGAAUGAAGAUGUGGACCCAGUUGCAGCAUCAGCUGAAUAUGAACUGGAGAAACGGGUUGAGAAGAUGGAUGUGUUCCCAGUUGACCUGCUCAAAGGUUCUGAAGGUCUAGGCCUGAGUAUCAUUGGUAUGGGAGUUGGUGCUGAUGCUGGACUAGAGAAGCUUGGCAUCUUCAUCAAGACACUCACCCCGAAUGGUGCAGCUCAAAAAUCUAAUCAAAUACAAGUGAAUGAUCAAAUCAUAGAAGUUGAUGGUAAAAGUUUAGUAGGAGUUACACAAGCUUAUGCUGCCUCUGUCUUACGUAACACAAGUGGUAUUGUAAAGUUUCUGAUUGGUCGGGAGAAAGACCCCAGCAAGAGCGAGGUGGCCAGAUUAAUUCAACAGUCUCUAGAGCAGGACAGACGCAGGGAGGAGAUGAGAGAGAGGGAACAGCAGCGCCUGAAACAGCUGGAGGACAGCUUUCAGGUGAGACAGCCGCCGAAGGAUGAGGUGCUGGAAAGGCACGCCCAUGCCCACCAGCAGCAGUUGUUGCUCCGUCAGACUUCUGAGACCGCUGAUGAUGAAUCAAGUUCCGAAGCUGGAACUGAUGAAAAGAAAAUACAAGAGACAACUGUAGUUAAUGGAAUAGAGGACACCCAGGAGAGUGAGCCACCCGUUGUCAACGGCGACCACGACUACAUGAUGGCUGAACAGGAGCGCCUGGAGCAGGAGAACGCUGCAGGGGACACCACUCCGCAGUCAGUGCCGUCCAACGGGGAGGACGGGCUGGACAGUUCCCCGGACAACUCCGUGUCCACCUCCGUGGCCGCUGUGGUCAGUCUGGCCAUGUCGGAGCUGGAGGACAACCAGCAGCUCAGCUCCAGUGGUUCCGCUUCACCGGACAUGGAGCAUGAAAAACUGUUUAUCAAGUUAAAAGAGGGCCAGUACAAGCUUGGAGUGGCAGAGGCUGAGAUUGUCAAGUUAAAAGCCAAGAUCCUGGUGCUGGAAGGUGCUGAGGUCCAGAAGAAAGGGCUGGAGAAGAAAGUGGAGGAGUUGACCAGGAAGUUCCAGGAGAGGGACAAACAUUUUGACAUGUUGAAGAAGGAGCUCUCACAGUAUAAGGAUAUGAUGGUUGCCUCACAAAGUCAGCACAUUGAGCUGGAGAGGAAAGUGAAGGAGCUUGGUGCUUUAGAAAAGAAAUACCACAAGGCCAAGAAGCUCAUCAAGGAUUAUCAGCAGAGGGAGAAAGAUUUCAUCCAAGAAAGGGAAUCUCUGUUUGAGCAACAGGCUGAGAAGGAUCAGCAGUAUAACUCUCUGGUUAAAUCUUUAAAAGACAGGAUUUUCACGUUAGAGAAGGAUUUGACAGAAGCCCAGAAGGUGGCAGGUCUCCCCCAGGCGCUGCCUAGUCUGGACGAGGUGGACAUGCCAGCCUCCUACAGCAAGCCUGUUCCUCUUGUCAUGGCUACCCUCAAUGGCUUAGGUGAAGAGCCCCUCUCCCCUCUGAACCAAUCCACUGAAGAUGUAUUGGAGAUCUCCACAUCUUCAGAAACUUCAGAUCCUGCCGCUACACCAGAUGAGGCUGAUUCAUCUUUUGACAAAAUACCUUCCCUCUCAUCCUCCCCUGCAGACAAAAUCAACUUUCACCAUUCUCCAUACGGAGUAACAGAAGAAUAUUUUCAAUCUGAGUUUGAUAAAUUGAAUUCCUCCCCUUUGUUGGACUCUUCAGCCAACAGAGACAAGGCAAGUCUAGGUACAGCAGGUAGUCUUGCUGGCAGGAGACCACCCUCAAAAAAAGGAAAGUCGUAUGAUGCUGAGGACGACCAGGACUCUGAGAGUGUGAAGAGUGAGAUCACAGAGAAUGGCAGCAUCCACUCCAGCCAGACUGACCAUGCUGAGAGUGGCCUGGACAUGUGGAACAAACACGACAGUGACAGCACUGUGCGGAAGAGUGAACUCAAAAAGAGAAAACAGCUCCAGCAGCCAGACAAACCCCUCCCCCCACCCCCUAGCCCACCUGUCCCCCUGAAAACGGGUCCAGCAUUAAGGCCGCCCGUGGCCCCCAAGCCUAAAAAACCCGACCACCUAAGCACCCCUGAGCUGUCUAGAGAUGACACACAGUCGGAUACCUCCUCGUCAGUUUCACAAACCUCCUAUGACCCCAGCCGACCAAAUGAUAGAGUAUCUGAACUGCCAGACUCAGUGGCUGAGGACAGCGAUGGCGGCGGCGUGGCGCUACUCUCUGCUAAGCCCACAGCUUCUGCCAAAGGCUUCAGUUUUCCUAAAUUCAAUUGGAAGUCGUCAAAAAGCCGGGACAAUGACACAGGCGGCGGUGUCAUUUUACUGGCCAAUCGCUCUCUGGUGUCGCAGCACUCCCAGUCCGACCCUGGGCUGGACUCUGUCGGCAUUACCCUGGUCUCAAAAAAACGCAUUGACACUGGGUACUGGGACUACGAUGUAUCAAGCAUCAACAGUGACAUUACCACAUCCACAAUGGUGAGUGAACCGGAUGUGGAGAGGUCAGGGAGAUUUACCCUCAACAUCUCAGGUCCAGCCACAGUGGAGGAGAAUACAGCAGCUAGCAAAAGUAAUCAGAGCCAGAGCUCAUCAGUGACAGACUGGAACACAGAACAUGUAUCAAACUGGCUGACUUCCCUUGAUCUGGACAGGUACUCUUCAGCUUUCAGAGAUAAAAGCAUCACAGGAAGCCAGCUGUUGCUUCUGGACAGCUCAAAAAUGAAAUCAAUGGGGGUGACAGUCACCAAAGAUCGAGAUCUUUUGAAAAAGAAAAUCAAAGAAUUAAAGGCCAAUGUGGAACGAGAGAAGAAACAGCAAGAGAAGGAGAGAAAGCUGAAAGAGAAGGAACAGAAACGCAUGUCCAAGAAGAAGUGAAAGUACCAUUGUGUUACGUCUGUCAAUACUGUAAAUAAGAUUAGGCUAGACGGCAGAGUAGGGCUGGGUGUUUGUUGAUAGUGUAAGCUUGUUGAAAUAUUUAGGGUUAAGAGAGGACUGUAAACAGUUAACAUAGGACUCUUGAAAUUAUAAAUAAUUUUAAUGAUUUACUUCUUAAAGAUUUCCUGUUACGCUUUUUAUUUUUCUAUAUGAUUUCCUGUUCAGUUUUAUAUUCUGUUAAAGUAGCCUUUUUAUGUGAAUUCAUUUACUUCAGGCUGAAUAGACUUACCUAUUCUGAUUGACAUCAUAAAGAAAACAUUGUUUUAAAAACACAUAGUUUGUUUCAAAACACUUCACAAAGAGCAGAACUGAAUUUGUUGGCUGUAAACGCUAGUUGAUAUAGAAAAGAUUGUUCCUUUAAUUUUUAUCCAUGAAGUUAAUUAAAUUUAUAUACUAUUUGUUAUAUUGCAAUAAUGUAAGAUUUUUACUGGUAAUUUUAUUUAUCUAUUAAAUUAUUUUUAGAGGAUGGUUUUUAAAUUCUGUCAGAGCAGAACUAACAAAAUCUAUUGACCAAGUCUUAUAUUUGUUUCAGCAUCUUUUAUGUUGUUGAUAUUUUAAAACCUUUCGUUGCUAAUAUAAGACUAGUCAGUUCUUUCAAAGUUGUUUUGGCUGUGUUGGGUAGUAUUUUUAUAGCAUUUUCUGUCACACUUUAAAAAACUGGACCCAUCUUUUAAAAAGAAGUUUUUUAUUUCAUGUUUAGUUGGUUUUGUCCUGUCAGUGUAAAAAGAUGGAGUAAUUUUUAGAUGAAACAAAUGUAUAACAUUUUUUUUUCCUGCUCAAUAGAUAGCAAAUGGGACCAGAUUUAUUUCUAGAUUUACAUAACCUUGACAUUGCUUACAAAUUUGAAAAUAAACAUUUGAUAAGCGUUCUCUUACCUUUUUACCCAAGUGGUUUAAAAAAUAUUUUUAUGGCUUAGGAAACAAAAAAAUAACUGAAGAACAGACUAAAUUUUAAAGUUUAGUCCUGAUGCUAUUAUUUUAUACUUUUAUAUAUUUAUAGUAAUUUUAGUACAACAAAACAUUUUUUCACCCUUGUCAAGCCAAAUAAAAUUGUAUAAUACUCUCAUUUGGUUUCACUGGCCAAAUGUGGAAACCCAACUGGCAAGAUGAGAUUUCUCUGCCAGAUUUUUGCGCUUCAUUUUGUCAAGGACUAACAUGAACACUGACUGCUCAAACAAUAACAACCUGAACGCAGAUGUUAUCAUUGAAGACUUGUAGCCUACUACCUCCUGAUAGUUGCAACAUGGUUUAACAUAACAGAUCAUCCAUUUUAGCCUAGUGUGUAAAAUAAGUAAUUGAGACUUUUUUUUUACCACUAGUUUACUUUUUCAUCAUCAGGCAUUUAAUAUGAUGUGUAAAAAUGUAAAUCAAAGUUUAGAAAACCUGUUUAGAAUAGAAACAUCAUGUUUAUUGUUGAGCAUUAUAGAAAUGUCAAGUUUUUUGUUGAGCGUUAUAGAAAUAUUAAAUUUGUUGUUAAGCGUUAUAGAAAUGCCAAGUCAAACAGUAGUGAUAAACAUUUAUUGACUAUUGUAGAGCUGAUUGAGAUUUGUUGAGCUCAUGUCAAGCUACUGCAAAGCAUUUUAGAACUGUUUAGCAACACUGUUACGUCAAGUUUGACUGAAGCAGUGUAGAAAUGUCAAGACUUUGUGAAAUAUAUUAGA